AUGGAGUCGUGGUUGAAGCGUAGCAGCAAUUAUUUUGAAAACACGGAGGGACAAGUGGCAAGGAAGGCCAAACCAGAGCCGGCACAAUUCCGGCUAUCAUCUCAAGACACGAUACGGAAGGUCUCCACAACAUCAGCCAAAGCCCUGGAGGCCUCUUAUGCAGUGUCUUUGCUCGUAGCUAAAGCCAAGAAGCCAUUCACUAUCGCUGAAGACCUGCUCCUUCCAGCGGCUGUAGUGCUGGCUGAGACUAUGCUGGACAAAAACGCAGCGGAGAAAUUAAAGACUGUACCGUUGUCAAAUGACUCUGUUUGCCGCAGAGUAGUUACAAUGGGAACAGACAUUGUCGAGCAAGUUGUGGGAAAACUUAGCGACUCCUUUUCACUCCAGCUGGAUGAAUCCACAGAUGUCAGUGGAAAUGCACAACUUGUUGCUUUUGUGAGGUACGUUGAUACUGACGACAUACUAUUCUGCAAAAGUUUGAAGGGGAAAACAACAGGAGAGGACAUAUUUGAUGUUGUCAAUGCCACUUUCUGUGAAAACGGUUUGCGCUGGAAAUCUUGCAGCAGCAUCUGUACAGACGCAGCAGCAUCAAUGACGGGCAGCGCGAAAGGACUAAUAGCGCGCAUUAAAAAAGGAAACCCCGACGUGAUGUGGACUCACUGUGUCAUACACAGGGAGGCAUUGGCGUCCAAGAAAAUGAGCCCUGUGUUACAUGACGUUUUGAACAGCAGCAUCAAAGUGAUCAACUUCAUUAAGUCAAGGCCACUUAAUGCACGCCUGUUUCGCCGCCUCUGCGAAAAUAUGGGAGCUGAACACAUACAACUGCUGCUGCACACAGAAGUGCGCUGGCUCUCUCGAGGGAGAAUACUCAACCGGCUGUUGGAAUUAAGAUCCGAAGUACACGCCUUUCUGAUUGAGCACAGAUCUCCCCAUGCCACCUUGUUCCAGGACACAGACUGGCUUGCAAAGCUGUGCUAUCUGGCAGAUAUAUUCAGCAAACAGAACGAACUGAAUAUGUCUCUGCAGGGCAAGGACACCAGCAUUUUAAACCUGUAUGACAAGGUGGGUGGCUUCCUGAAGAAAGCAGAGCUGUGGAGAAGGGCCUGUGCACAGGAGGAUUUCACCUGCUUUCCUCAGCUGGAUGCUUUUCUCUCUAGUGAGGAUGUGGACAGAGCUCCAGUCAAGUUGGUCAUAGUGGGACAUUUGACCAAGUUGAUACAGGAUUUUAAUUCCUACUUUCCUGACAUGGAGGAGAAAUCUGCACAGCUGGAUUGGGUGAGAAACCCAUUUCUCUUGUCCAAAGCAAACCGAAGCAAGCUCCCUGUCACCUAUCAGGAAAAACUCUUGGAAGUGUCAUCUGAUCGUGGCCUCCAGAUGAAGUUUGCCAUGUUCACACUUACACAGUUUUGGGUGUGUGAGAAGCAGGAGCACCCUGACAUGGGACAGAAAGCUUUGGAGCAGCUACUACCCUUUGCCUCCACAUAUUUAUGUGAGGCCUCCUUCUCUGCAAUGACUGUGAUCAAAACAAAGCAGAGAAACAGACUGUGCCUGGAGAAGAGCUUGAUCACAGCAGUUGCCUCCCUGCCACCAAGAAUGAAAAAGAUCCUCAGUGAAGCACAAGCCCAAGUGCUACUGGAGGUGAAGGUUCACCCUGCCCUCACCCGCUGGGGCAUUGUCAAGGUAUCUGACUGUGCCUCUCAUCCCCCAGUGCGGUUCCGGGUGGUGUCGUUGGACCAGGACUUCCAGCCAACCCUGGAGAAGUACCCGCUGAUAACCGUCAUGGACAUUGAGCAGUAUUGGAUUGGCCAGUGGCUGGGCGUGGAGGGCAGGCAAGGGAUCGUGGAUCUCAGCUUCGACCUGAUUCCCGACUCUCCGAUGGGCUCGUACACAAUCCAAGUGCAGACGUCCAACGGGAAAGUGACCCACAGCUUCACCGUGGAGGAAUACGUGCUGCCCAAGUUUGAACUGAAGGUUCAUCUUCCCGAACAAAUCACCAUCCUAGACACAACAAUUCCCAUCAAAGUGUGUGGCAGAUACACCUAUGGUAAACCCAUGCGGGGAGAUGUUAACGGCACUGUUUGCCUGCAACCAGUUCACUUCCACCGUUCUCAGAGUAACUGUCACAUCGUGACGGGCAAGACGGAUACAGACGGCUGCUUCUCCAGGGAUCUGUCCACGGACACCUUCUGGAUCAGGGCCAACCGGCGCUCUGGGAACAUCCAAGCACACUUCGUAGUGGCUGAGGAGGGGACGGGGAUAACGAGGGAAGGUUCGGGCAGCUGCCAGGUAUCGUCAAAGGUCACCACGAUCAGUUUUGAGGAGGUGGAAGACUACUACAAGACCGGGAUCCCAUACACAGGAAAGGUGAAGAUGAAAUAUGUCACCGGCCGCCCGUUUGCAAACGCACGGAUAUAUUUGUUCAAUUCCCAACAUCCGGGGGCACAGCAAGUUGUUGCGGACGAGAGAGGAAUGGCCACGUUCACCUUCAAUACCUCCACCUGGGUGAUGCAGCCCGUGCAACUCAUGGCCAUUUACCAGCUGCUCCCUGAGCAAUUCCACUCCACAGCCAGCGUUCCCAGACACGCUCCCGCCCGCCAUUCCGUGAAACCCUUCUACUCCAAGUCGGGCAGCUUUAUCUCCAUCGGCAAGGUUGGCAGCGAGAUGCCGUGCGAUUCCCAGCUGGACCUGCCCGUCAACUACGUGUUCCCGAACCUUCCGCAGGGAGCUCCUCUCCAUCUCGACCUCUUCCACCUGGUCAUGGCCAAAGGGAAGAUCAUCAGCCUGGAGAGCACCCCCCUCAUCGUCGGGGGGACGCACGCCGCACAGGGGGAGCUGACGCUGCCACUCCGCCUGCCCGCCCUCCUGGCUCCCACUGCCCGGCUCCUGGUCUUCACCGCCCUGCCCAGUGGUGAGAUGGUGGCCCACUCCACACACAUACACAUGGACAAGUGCUUCCGCAACAAGGUGCACCUGAGUUUCUCCGUGCCGGAGGAGUUGCCGAGCAGCCAGGUCUCGCUGCACGUCGGCGCCGCCCCAGGCUCCCUCUGCGGUCUCCGCAUCGUCGACCACAGUGUGCUGCUCCUCAAACCCGAGAGGGAGCUCACGGCACAAAGUGUCUACUCCUUGCUGCCGGUCACUGAUCUGAACGACUACCCCUACUCAGUGCGUGACUAUAACUCUCACAACUGUGUUCCUGAGCCUGUCGCUUCACUGCUCUUACGGGACGACAAGAACUCGGUCAUUGACGUGGCUCAGUUGCUGCAGGGCCUAGGCCUGAAGGUCUUCACGGACCUGGACUACCAGGUGCCCCUCAACUGUGAAACGCAAAGAUUGGUCGCUGAGGCAUAUGAGGGUGAGUAG